AAGUCCAACAUUUCUUCAUGCAUUCUCGUGAUCUGUACACUGUGCUUGAAUCACGAGGAUGUUUCACUUCUUCUCUAUAAUUAUUUGACCAAAUCCUCUAUUCAUACCUCGACUGCCGUUAUAUCGCCCCUUUUCGAUCCGGUCGAGCUUCGAUAAGCUAUGCUCCACAUCUAAUCUCGACCAAAGACACCGAGCAACCUCAACUCUUGCCAGGAGAAGGCGAGACCUGGCAUAAUGUUGGAUCCAUUUCCACCACCUCCGACCUGGCUCCAGGAGCUCGUAACUCCCUGGGCCGAACGUCUCCAUUUAUACUCGCUACCAUAUCACGUCCACGAAGUCAUACUCGCCUUCGGAUUUUACCAACUAAUCCAUUCUUAUAUCUCGCCAUGGCUAUCUGCCGUACUCUUUCCUCGACACUAUCCGCAGUUACCGAAGCGGACCCAGUUAAACUGGGAUAUCCAUGUCGUCUCUUUUGUGCAGAGUGUUCUCAUAAAUGUCGUGGCACUUUGGGUUAUGUUUGCAGACGAGGAGAGGAAGAGGAUGAAUAUCGAUGAGCGUGUUCAUGGAUACACCGGCGCAAAUGGCUUCGUACAAGCUCUGGCUGCGGGUUACUUUGUCUAUGACCUGAUCGUCAGUAUCUUGUACCUCAACCUUUUCGGAAUCGGCAUGCUGUUUCAUGCCAUCAGCGCUUUAUUCGUGUUUAGUCUCGGAUUUAGACCGUUCGUCAACUAUUACGCCCCGACUUUCAUCCUCUACGAGCUCUCUAGCCCAUUCCUCAAUAUACACUGGUUCUUGGAUAAGGUCAACAUGACCGGCAGCAAACUGCAAUGGUAUAACGGAAUGUUACUUUUGGUCGUCUUCUUCUCCUGCCGUCUCGUCUGGGGUACUUGGCAAUCGAUCGUUGUCUAUGGAGACAUGUGGCACGCAUUCAAGCAAAGCCGUUCAAUGACCCAUUCACCAUUCCUUGACGGAGUUUCCACCAACGCUCCCAUCUUCAAGCUCGGUGAGGGAGGAGCCCUAUGUACAGAUGAGAGCUGUCUCAGAGCCAAUGCUGAGAUCUCGCAAUUCGCUCACUAUUUCACCGACGUCUCGCUCCCACAGUGGCUACCAAUCGCAUACGUCAUUUCGAAUCUCAUCCUCAACUCUCUCAACUUCUACUGGUUCUCGCAAAUGAUUGAUGCCGUUCUGAAGCGAUUUCGUCAACAACCUGCGGCAAAGAAGGAGGCGGGUCCACUGCCUUCCAAAGAACCUGACUAUAUUCUCGAUGCAGCUGAGGUGCUGGAGAAAGAACAGGGUUAUUUCGAGACUGGGGACGGCGCAGAACUUAAUAUUCCUGCUACCACAACAGGUGCAGAAAUUGCAGAAGCAGGAGAUUCAGUGAAACAGCGCAAUCUUGUUGUUACUUGAUGACAUUGAGGUUUGUGAUUGUUUGUGUAUACUUACAUAGCGAUUGCUUAUUAGUUAGUUCAUUAUUGAUCGACUCUUGCUCAGAGCGUUGUUAGCAGUUUUAUACGUGCUAGAGACAGGACGGAACUAUAGGUACACCACGACCGGACAGUGCAUCAUGUCAAGUGUACCUAAUAUCUAAGUGUGGCUAGUGGGCAGCAUUGGGAGAUUGCAUGUAAAUGGUUUUUUGCUAUAAGUACCUCGCGGUUUAGAGAAACCAUAGAUCCGUUUCUACUUUAC